CCAGCACAAAUGGAUUUCCAGUUUUAUCCCAUCGUAGCCGCGCCCAUGGCCAGCGCCCACGUGCGCAGUGCGCAUGCCCAGUGCCCACGUCGUCGUGGUGGUGGUAUGACUUCAGAACUUUUACAAUCCGAAAGUUUUUCGCAAAUACAGUAUGCUAAAAAUUUUUAAUAACUCAAAUUUCUCAAAAUAUAAUUCUUUCCUUUCAAGUUUGAUUCGCUUCUUUAACUGUGACACAGUGGCAUAUGGAAAUUAAUUGCUGUGCAGACAUUUUAUUGAGCAACUGUUUUGUGAUUUGACAGCUGAUACUAUUGAAAAUCGAUUACUGUACUUACUUUUUCCAUGGGCGCUAAUGACAAAGCCAGCUGCCGCACUAUCGACGUCGCAUAGCGCAGUUCUCUAAUCUUCCCCGAAAAAGCCUAUCGUACUACGAGUCUACGGCCACUAGGCCCUUGCCAUUUACUACAUAUACCUCUGUGUUGUGGAUUUAUGAUAGAAGUGGAUGUUACGUGUUGGAAGAUGUCUCGUAGAAUUUAGUCGCCCUUUCCCAAUGCCCACCCACUCUCCCAUGUGCUUUGACAGCACGCUGAAGGAUAUCGACGGUGCUCGCUCCUGUUUUCCAUCGAAACGGCCCUGUCGGGAGACCUGCCCCUGCACGGCCUGCAGCAUCAUCUGCGCCGCCCCGUCCUUCCCACAUCGGACAGUGUCGUGUCGUAAUCGUCGUCACAGUGAAUGUACCUACGGAUCGGGAUUAUUCCCCAUCGCAUCGGAAAGUUUCGAUGAUGAGGGAUUUGAUCGGAACAGUCUGGGUUCCGAUUACGAUGGGGACGUUUUGGGUAGGAGAUUUUCCUAUGAUUUGGAUGAUAUUCAGGAUGCCAUAGAGGUAUUGCGUCCUGCGCCACGCUUAACUACUCGCUCGAUAUCUACACCGACACCGCACCAUACUCCCGUGGCGAAAUUUCUUUCGCCUUCCCUUAAAGCGUAUAAAGAUGGGCCAUCGGAUACGGAAUUCGUUAUACUGCUGGAUGAUGAGGAAGUGCCCAUUGAAUCCUGCGGAUGGGAGGAGCAGAUGUUGGUCGAUAGGAUACCCGAGGUUAUGUGUACGGAUCGCAUUACGGUCCGGGAUUUCGACGACGGAUCUGUUCUGGUUAACGAUUUCUUCAUGAAGCCGGAUAGCGAUCUGGGAUGUGGAUCGUUUUGUUCGUUUCGUUUAUCAUCCUGCAUUGCAAAUCAUGGGCAUUAUGCCCUAAAGUUGGUGUCCAAAACGAAAGCGAAGAAAAAUUCCAUGUUAUUCAAACAAUCGAAAAACCCUUUUCUAAACAUCGAGAGGGAAACAGCGAUAUUGAAAAAAAUCAAACACCCCAACAUUGUCAAACUCUUCGAGAUUAUGGACGAUCCAGAAGAAGACAAUUUGUAUUUUGUAUUCGAAUACAUUGAUCGUGGAUGUAUUUUAACCAUACCGUCGGAUUCUCCUUUGAAAGAAUCCGUGGCCAUAUCGUACAUGCGCGAUGCGUUGUAUGGCGUAGAAUAUCUGCAUUCCAAGAAUAUCAUUCAUCGUGAUCUCAAACCGGAGAACAUGCUGCUGAAUUCCUUUGGGAGAGUGAAGUUAAUCGAUUUUGGAUUAAGUUUCGUCCAUGAAGAGGGAAAUGACACCACUCGUCUACCCUACGGUACACCGGCCUUUACCGCUCCUGAAUGCCUUGAUGAGGAACUACCGGAAGGCUAUUCCGCGCCAAUCAUGGAGAUGUGGGCGUUGGGUGUCACUUUGUUCGCUCUACUAUUUGGACAUGUGCCUUUCUACCACGACAACCUUUACGAACUCUACCGGAUGAUCCAGGAAGACCGCGUUGUUAUUCCCAGCACAACGAGCUGUCAUGUUUCCCUCAAUGCCCGCUCUUUGCUUAAAGGAAUGCUGGAUAAGAACGUGGACGAACGCUUAAAACUUAAGGACAUUUUGUCUACGACGGUUUUUCUCUGGAAACAUUCCUGUGGCUAUUUACCGGAACCUUGUAAACCCUGCAAGUAUUACCGGUUGAAGCAUCGGGCUGCUCGAUCUCGGUAGAAUGUGCACUCUUGCCUCCGAGACAAAUUCCACCGGUUUAUUUAAAUUGGAUCUUCACUUUAAUCCCAUCUUACCGGGAUGCUUGUUUUGUAGAUAUUGGUUUAUAAUAAUUGCGUUAUAAACGGUUGUGAAAGUAUUAGUAUGGUUUGACAUGACUUGUAAUUAGGAUUUCUUUUGUAAUGUGGAUUUCUUUGGCUUGAUUUUGAAACGUUUUAGCAUUUUUCAGAUCUGAAUGAUUUUUUUGACCAAAGUUGAAACGGCUGACUUUAUUAUUAUGAUUAGCGGUAUGUGCAGAUAGUCUGUAGACUGUUCUACACUGUUGCACAUUGUACAUUUUUGUUUAGUCGUGUGCAUAGAAAAUUUUGAGUUGUU